AUGCAAACUGCUUCUACAAACAUUUGUGAAAGACUGUGCAAUAAGUCCAUCCCUUGCUACUAAAUAUUCCACGGUCAACUGUUAGUGGUAUUAUAACAAAGUGGAAGCAACUGGGAACAACAGCAACUCAGCCACAAAGUGUUGGGCCAUGUAAAAUGACAGAGCGGGGUCAGCACAUGCUGAAGCGCACAGUGCGCAGAAGUCGCCAACUGUCUGCAGAGUCAAUAGCUAAAGACCUCCAAACUUCAUGUGGCCUUCAGAUUAGCACAACAGUGUGUAGAGAGAUUCAUGGAAUGGGUUUACAUGGCCCAGCAGCUGCAUCC